GUCUAAUAGCGGGAAUCUGUCUAUCACAAGGCGAAUAUCCUGUUGUUCGUAGUCGGGUUGAUCGUGUUGAGCUGGGUUGGCAAUGGUGAUAGACAGCUUAAGAAAGCAGUCAAGUACAUGGCCCAUAUCUCGGAGGACAAGAUCAAUUGUAGGCUUUUUCAACACAUUGUCUUCCAGGAAAGAAUCCUCCAACUCUUCAUCGAUUGGGUCUAUAGGUCCAUCUUCGAAAAUACAUUCCUUCGACUCUGAUGAAGUAGCUAGAUUGCUUUCAGCGAAAAAUGUUGUCGUAAUGUGUAAAAGCCUUCCACCUCCGACGGGUACCUUGUCUUGGAUGCCGCUGACGCGAUGUCUUCAUGCUGGGAGGGUCACUGACCUCUGUAAAGUCUUUCUAUCAGUGUCUUACACCUAUACGACACACCGUGGCUGGCAAAAAGAUUGGAUUAGAUGACAUUGUCUUCCACAGCGAUGACACCCGAUGCUCCCAUAAUGAUUCUCCUUAUCGCCCCUUUGUUAUAAAAAGGUACACUUCAGGGGAUACCUCUACAACCACUCAAAACAGCGGAUUACUGAAAACGCAGAGGCCGGUUCAUCUCGUCGUAUUAUCACUAGGGGCUUUACUUAUACAACUAAUCGUCGGAAAGGUAGUUGAGGAGCUUGACGUUAUAGAUGACAUGGAUGCGAAAUCGAUUAUAUCGAAGCGAGAAAUAGGGGGGCGACUGGCAGAUUGUGUUCUGGAACAGGGCGGUAUGAAUUAUAGCAUGAUGGCUUCUGGCGGGAUUUCUUUGAAGCUGUCGUUGCUAGACUGGAAGAGGACGUAAACUCAUUGGGCACAAAC